UGUCUCUUUUUCUCUCUUUUUUUAUGCAGUCUUCUUUUUCUACUGAUCAUGACCCUACUAUUAUCAGAAAAAAACGUACAUUUGGAGAGACAAACAAUAGUAUAGUACCUAGCAAAUCUGACUUUUGUUUUACUCCUACAAUCUUACCUCAUCAAAACAUUUUCAACAUUGAUUCUCAUCCAUCUACUUGGAGUGCUUCUUCAUUAACACAUAGAUACCAACAACGACUCAAAGCAAGACGAAACAAUGCUUUAUGGACACAUCACUCACCACCAUCACAACAACAACAACAGGCACUUAUUGCAUCUCAACCAAAUCAUACCUCUCAAUAUCCUACUCAACCAUUACAGUCAUGGUCAAAUUAUCUGUAUCAUCGAUCUUUAUCUAACACUAUUGUGAAUUAUAUCCAAUUGACAUUUAGUGUAGUGAUACUGUCUACCAUUGGUUAUAUUCUCUUCCAACUGAUCUGGACUUUACAACAGGAUUUUCAAAUUAAAGCGGAUGAAUAUACAACAGCAUUGAUUCGAGAAAUACAAACAUGUGCUCAUCAAUAUGAAAUCAAUCUAUGUCAUCCUGAAAGUAGGAUACCAGCGAUGGAACAACAAUGUGAAGAGUGGUUAAUUUGUAGCAAUCGAAUGCCUACUCAAGUAACAAGAACAAAGGUAUCUGCUGAAACUAUAGCUGAAAUAUUCAAUAGCUUCUUUGAUGCUUUAUCAUACAAGACAAUGUUUUUCUGCACUUUGAUGAUGAUUGGUUAUCUCCUUAUAUCAAGUUACACCUUCCGGUUCUUCAAAAGACUUCCAACUGAUCCAACGACAUUGUAGCUAUUUAUAUCAUCCAAUUUUUUUUUAUUAUUAUUAUUCUAGUUUUUUCCUUAAACUCUCUGUACAAAUAGUCCAUCUCAAACAUUUACAUGUUGUAUAUUCUG